CAGCACAGCUGCACUGCUGUUCCACCUCUGCCUGGACACAGAUCCAUAAAGCCCGGCCGUGCUGCUGUUCCACCUCUGCCUGGACACAGAUCCAUAAAGGUCAGCCUGGGACCCCAAGCGGCUCACAGGGAGGAGCCAGACGAGCACUUCCUCCCACCAGGCACUCUUUAGCUCUGGACACCUGGCUCCGUAAUGGCAGUGCCAGGGACCCCGAGGCCCAUCAGGAUCACUCUUGUGCUGCUAUGGUUUGAGGUAUCUCUGUUCAUUCCUGACCUCUCCCAGGCCAGGUCCUCCCAGCAGUUCAGCUCUGUGGAAGUGGUGAUCCCCUUGAGGGUGACCAGCAAGAGCAGAGGUGCAGGGUCCCCAGGAUGGCUGUCCUACAGCCUGCGGUUUGGGGGCCAGAGACAUGUUGUCCACAUGAGGGUCAAGAGGCUCCUGAUUUCCACACACCUCCCUGUGUUCACCUACUCAGAGCAGCAUGCCCUCCAGGAGGACCACCCCUUUGUCCCUGAGGACUGUUUCUAUCAUGGUUUUGUGGAGGGGGAUCCUGAGUCCCUGGUUGCUCUCAGCACGUGUUAUGGAGGUUUUCGAGGAAUGCUACAGAUAAACAACCUCAUGUAUGAAAUUGAACCGAUUGAGUACUCCACCACCUUUGAACACCUGGUGUCUCAGCUGGACAGUGAUGACACACAAUCCCCACACAUGAGAUGUGGCUUGACAGAAGAGUUGAUAGCACAGCAACUGGCAUUGCAAGCGUCAUAUAACUUCACUGUGGAACCACGUUCUCGACUGAAUUGGUGGACACACUGGCGCUAUAUUGAGCUGGCAGUGGUUGUGGACCACGGACGAUAUGUUUACUCUCAAAGCAAUGAGUCACGAGUUCAGUAUGAUGUAUUUCAUGUUAUUAAUGCAGUGGAUGAAUACUUUAAGCACAUGGAGGUUGAUGUCACUCUAAUGGGGAUGGAAAUCUGGACUGCAAGAAACCUAAUAGACACCACUGGUGACUUAGAGCCAGUCCUAGAGAGAUUUUCUUCUUGGAAAUCUCCAAAUUUUGAUAGACGCAUUAUACACGAUGUUGCACAUCUUUUCAGAAAAGAAUUACAUGGGAUCCAACUUGGUGUUGCCUAUGUUGGAGGAAUAUGUUACGUUCCUCUUAACUGUGGAAUUGAUAUUUUUGAAGGUAAUAGCUUAACCCUUUUUGCGCAUACUUUGACCCAUGAGCUGGGUCAUAAUCUAGGUAUGUUGCACGAUAGUGGACCAUGUACAUGUGGAGAUCGGUUUUGCAUAAUGUAUCCCAGCAGACAGAACUCUCGUCGUUUCAGCAACUGCAGUUAUUCCGAAUAUAUGGAAACUGUGAUCAGUACUGGCACCUGCAUUCUCUCUCCUGCAAGACCACAGCACAUCACAAGGUUGCGGUUCUGUGGGAAUGGAGCAGUAGAAGAGGGGGAGGAGUGUGACUGUGGAUCUCUUCAGGAAUGUGCACGAGAUCAUUGUUGUAUGACAACCUGUUCUCUGAAGCCUGGGGCUGCUUGUGGUCAUGGAGCUUGUUGCAAAAAAUGCAAACUGCUGCCUUCUGGGACUGUAUGUAGGGAGAAGACCAAUGAGUGUGAUCUUCCAGAGUGGUGCAAUGGGACGUCACCUGAGUGUCCAGAUGACGUGUAUCUGCAGGACGGCAUCGAGUGUGGCACAAAUUCCUACUGCUAUCAAAAGGCUUGUAAUAACCAUGAUAUUCAGUGUAAAGAGAUUUUUGGCACAGAGGCAUCGAGUGCAUCUGCCAGUUGUUACAAUGACAUGAACACCCAAGGAAAUCGCUUUGGCCACUGUGAGAUUUAUGCCACAAGAUAUUUACCAUGUUUGUCUUAUGAUGUCAUGUGUGGGCGAGUCCAAUGUCAAAAUGUCGUUACACUUCCCGCGUUGAAAGAUCACUACACAGUGCAUCAAUCUCACUUCAACAACACCACCUGCUGGGGCACAGAUUACCAUUUAGGGAUGUCCGUACCUGACAUAGGUGAAGUGAAGGAUGGCACGGUGUGUGAUAAAGAUAAAAUAUGCCUCAAUAAGAGGUGUGUUAGUAGGAUACGAUUAUCGGUAGACUGUCAGAGGCAGCACUGCAACAGGAGAGGCGUGUGCAAUAAUAAACAGCACUGUCACUGUCACCCAGGAUGGGCACCUCCCAACUGUACUGUGAAAGGCCUUGGAGGUAGUAUAGAUAGUGGUCCACCACCACCUCUACCACCUGGGGCAACAAUACCACCUCUUGAGGAAAACACAACACCCUCUGUGGAGAACCCACCACCACCUGAUGCUAAUCCAACUUCAGGUGCCGAGAGCCCAGAGAAUCCUCACAUGGCAAGAAUCAUUUUCACAUAUGUGUUAAUCUUCAUUGUUUUGAUUCUUUUUUAUUUGUUUUGCUGUCUUAUGUUAUGUAAGGCAAAACAAAAAAAUAAAGAUGAAAUGCCGGAGAAGGAAGAUGAAAAUGAACAACAAGCAGAUGAGAGUGAAGUGUGA